CAUGGCGAGGGAUGGUCUGCAAGCCAGCAUAACACGUAACGCAACAUGGGCGGGGACUGGGACUAUGGAACUGCGUUCAAGAUCUUUGUUUGGGGCUACAUCAUUGGAGGGCUGACGCUCUUGCCUGCGCUUAUUGCAGUUGCAUGGUUCUGGUGUACGGCACCGGUUGACCCGGACAGCCCGCGCGAGACUCUUCGAGAAGAUGGAGAAGCUCUGAACCCCCGCCGCAGGUCGAAUACAUCCUUGGCUGGAAAGAGCGACGGCGAUGCACGGCAGGGACCAGCGAUAGACGAUGAGAUACUGGAGAAGCUGAAGGGAAGGGCACACGAACCGGAUGUCUGCGCAGGAUACUUCGCUGUAUGUCGAGAGUAUGUGCCAGGCGGCGUCAAUGGCAAGCCUCCGGACCGGACUACUCCUGCAGGCAACGUCGUGGCGGUGGAGAGCCCCAGCGUGUACCAGUCCAUGUACAGGAGUAUCUUCGAUCGGAACAAAACCACCAGUCCGACGAUAGAUGCGUCGAAUAAUAAGAACAAGAAGGCGCGGAACGUCUUCUACGUCGUCUUGCGCCUCGGCCACCUCAUGCUCUACGACAACGAAGACCAGCUCGAAGUGCGUCAUGUCAUAUCAUUAGCUCAUUACCAGGUGGACGUAUUUGGAGGUGGAGAGCGCAUACCUGAGGGCGAGCUGUGGAUCAAGAGAAACUGCAUUCGACUGAUCCAGCAGCUGGAUGACGACAGCACUGCCACUCCGAAAGGGUUCUACUUAUUCUCUGACAACUGCUCUGAGAAGGAAGACUUUUAUCACGCCAUGCUACACGCACAAGAAAACCAGAAAGACCCCUCCGACUCCAACUCGCCGACCGUUCCGCUCAAGUUCGACACGUCUGAUCUUGUCAAGCUCGUCCAACAGCUGCAUGCCUCGGAAGAGAAUCUACACACUCGUUGGAUCAACGCCCUGAUUGGGAGAGUGUUUCUGGCCUUGUACAAGACCACACAGAUCAAGGACUUUAUCGCGGCCAAGAUCAACAAGAAGAUUGCUCGCGUCCCAAAGCCUGCAAUCAUCAGCAGCGUGCAGUUGCGCAAGGUUGACAUGGGCACUUUACCGCCAUUCAUCACAAACCCCAAACUCAAAGAGCUGACCGUGGAUGGCGAUCUCAUCGUAGAAGCUGAUGUUAGCUACAAAGGCAACUUUCGUAUUGAGGUCUCGGCAACUGUGCGCAUAGAUCUAGGUACACGCUUCAAGGCCCGCGAGGUGACACUCAUUUUAGCUACCGUGUUGAAGAGGCUCGACGGACACAUUCUCAUCCGUGUGAAGCCGCCGCCAAGUAACAGGCUCUGGAUGACAUUUGAGACGCCACCCAAGAUGGAGUUUUCGCUCGAGCCAAUCGUCAGUUCACGGCAGAUUACCUACGGUGUCGUCCUAAGGGCAAUUGAAAACCGUAUAAGGGAAGUCGUCAACGAGACUUUGGUGCUCCCCAACUGGGACGACAUGCCCUUUACAGACACAAUAGCACAAGUCAUAAGAGGAGGCAUCUGGGAAGAGACCACCAAAGAGGAUGAAGAAGAUCCAGAGGCCAUGUUGGAGCAUAUCGUUCCUGAGACAGAAAAACUGGAUGAGAAAAGCGACUCGGUCAGCGCACACUUUUCCAUUGCUUCUAGUGUGGAGUCGGAGGAGGUCGCGACUGGCGUAUCUUCCUCUGCAGACCACAGGUCGUCCACGUCCUCCGUAAGGCCACGUCCCAUGAGAUCAUCCUCCUCAUCAGCUCAGGUGAAGGUUGAUUCAGCGAAUGCUUCCGCUGAGAUAGCACACCAACCUGCAUCAACGCCGACAAGUGUUCGAUCUCUUCCUAUUGCCCCACCCGCACGCUCGCCCAAACGAUUGAGCACCACACGUCAGAGAACAGAGUCUUCGGCAAGUUCUUCAGAAGAUCUGUCCAUGCCUUCGAUAUCUGCCGAGAGUACAGCAUCCGCACCAACUCCAACUGUGGACCACACGCACACACGGACCAAGUCAAAAGAUUUAUCCGAGCAAGAAAUAGCAGCCGCAGCUGCAGCUGCAGCCGCUGCAGGAGCAAGUAAUAUGCAGACAAGAAGACAGACGCUUAAUCAGUCUCUCAAUUCGGCCACGGCAGCUGCGAGAAAUUGGCUAGCUACGAAACAAAAUAACAAAGCUACUGCCAACAAUAGGCCGCCGACAUCCGAAGGCCUAAAUCUGCCUGGGGAUGCAGCACAAGACUCCAGACCACAGCUCCAGCUCCAGUCUCCUAUCACCAAAACAUAUACUGAGCCUAUGGGUAGGGGUCAGCCGCUUCCACCCCCGGGAACUCCUCUGCCUUUGCCCAAGAAUGACAAGAGACAGACUUGGGCCAUUCCCGCAGCAGCCUCAACCUUUGCAAACCUCGCAAAACGGAAACCUGUUGCUACUUCUCCUUCACUCUCAUCCAAACAGUCACAUGAAGAUUUGGGUAGCCCUCAACCUUUGGUGGGAACAGCUUCGCUUCUUCCUGCAGCUCAUUUUCCUGGUCAAGAUGCUCGGCCGGCCGCAGAAGACGGCGAGGAAAUGUUCCGCGACAUGAGGCGUAGGACCAAUUCUGCGGCUAGCGAGUUAACGACGCCGCCACCGCCUUUGCCAAAGAGGAGACAGAGAAAUCAAAGUAUGACUUUGGGUGGGCAUGGCCGGCAGCAAAGUCAGACUUCAAAUCCAGCGAAGGAUGACAUACUGGGCGAGGGAAUGCUUAUUGUCGAAGCCCCAGUUGCAGAGCGAAGUCUGGAGGGGAGCCCUGUGAGGCAGGAAAGGCGAAGUGAGGUAAUGAUAGGCGAGCGGAAAGAACAGAGGGUGUAAUCAAUUGAUAUACCUGGGCUUACUCGCGGCUCAUGUCAUAUAAUUGUUUUGUAUUAAUCAUGGGGUUUGCAUUCCAAACUGUUUGUAUGUUUGAUCCACCAUUGUCUGUGAAC